AUGAGUCUGUCACCGCGACCUCCAGCUUCGCCGCCGCCGGCGCGGCAGCAGCGGCGACCGAAGAGCGGACACCCCUCGAGUAUGGGCCGCACGAGACCGGCCGACAGUUUGCGGCGGCCCCAUACGGCCUGUCCAGCGCAUUUGAGUCGGCAGCAGCUUCGACCACAGAACCAACUGAGCGUGCCUGACAACGAUUUUGUUGUCGAGGCUGUGCAGCAACUCGGACGUACCCGCACAGGGCUUCGCUCCGCCACCCUUGACCGCCAACACAGCGGCUUUGGCCAGCCUCCUCGGGACGCGUCCCUGGAUCGCUCCCGCGUGGGUUCCCCAUAUCGGGUCAACCUUCUUGAUGAUGCCCCACCCCGGCGUGUCCAGUCUGCCCCCAGUUCCCCACGACGGGGCACCAUGCGCCCAGCUACCGCUGGCAGUCUCGGGCAAGCCACACGCACGCGUCUUGAAGUGACUCAAGAAGUCGAUGGCGUCACCAAGCGAUUUUGCGAACUACGGUCAGCCUACGUGCCAACCUGCCGUGGAGCCGCCCUCCGUGCCCUGGCCAGUGAGGGUGUUGACGCGCGCAACGCCAAGGUCCAAGAAGCUCGUCAGCGAAUCACUCAAGAACGGCACGUUAUUCAUACACGCCGUUCUCGACCCUCUGGCCCCCGCCUGAGCUUCAUCCGCCCAUCGGCCGAGGCUGUAGAACCCGUGCCGCCGACGCCUCCUCCGGCGUCACCGCCCCCGCCUGAACCGACGCCAGAGGCCGACGCGUCUGGUGAUGAAACCUCACGUCGUGAAUCAGCCGUCAGUGUCACCAAGCGCCGCUCCAUGGCAGCCAUCCGAGACAUGCAAACAGACUUUUCCGAAAUGCUGGACCGACUCCAACGCCGCCGCGCGCACUCACUCAAAAUGCUGCAAGAGGAACUCAAGAACAACGAGUCACCGCAGGCGCCCGAUCCGCAAUUACUCGCUGCCGCUACCGCCGCCGCUGCUACUGUUGCAGUUACUCCCCCCGAUGCUGUUGAACCUACUGCCAGCCACGACCCGUCCGACCUUGCAGAUGCCGAGGCUACUCGGUCUUCAGCUCCUGCUCGACGACGCUCCAGCAAGGGAGCUGACGCCGCGCAGCUGCUUGAGCGCCCGGAUUGGGUUAAGGCAUGGAUUCAAGGUGUUGUCCAGGAAGCCACGCAGCAAGCUGCGGCCACCCGCCCUGAUGAACCUGCAGCGAGUGCUGCUGCGCCCAUCGAGACCAAUGCCUGGAUGCAGCCUUUUGUUGAGGGCGUGGUUCAAGAUGCCACCCGUACCGUCUUGGAGACCGGUUUCAUUGCAAAAGAAACCACCGUCCAGCCAGCAUCCAGCCCGCUACCGGAGCCGGGUCUGGAGGAUGACGAGCCAGUGGACUUGGAAGAACCUGUCUGGCUAGAGCCUUGGAUUCGCAAUUUGGUUCUCGCAGCCUUUGAAGAAACCCAACAACUCCCAUCCCCAGCAACAGACACAUCAGCCGAGACAGCGGAUGCUGCUCACCCUGCACCCAGUCUGAGCUGGAUCCAGUCCUUUGUCAGUGCUAUCGUGCACGACGCAACACAACGCGCUCUACAAUCAACAUGA